GGAGCGUCGGUGUUCGUGGUCUCGUCCGUUUACUGGUUAAUUUGAUAGCUGGGUAGAGGUUGUGUCCGGCUCACUCACUCACUCAGGGCCAGGCCAAGACCCGCAGAAGCAGAGGCAGGGCCAGACCGGACCCUGUCGGGGUCAAGCUCAGCAGCAGCAGCAGCGGCAUCAUGAGCGAUCGGCUGAGCAACCAGGACGAGGGCCUGCAGGGUUCUUGGGUUGAGUUGCACUAUAGUAACAGCAUACACAAUGGAGCUCAGGAGCAGGUUCCAGCACCCAUUUCCAUCCUCAAUGGAGAAAUGGAAAGAAUACUUCUAGAUGCUCAACAUGAAUCUGGUCGUACCAGCUCCAGAGGGAGUUCCCACUGUGACAGCCCUCCACGUUCCUUGACUCCACAUCAAAAUCGCUGUGGGUCGGAGAUGGAUGCGCACAGUAUUGGGGAGAAAAACAGUUCACAGUCUGAGGAAGAUUACCUGGAAAGAAAAAGCGAGGUAGAAAAUAUAAUGAAGAAAAAUGCUGACUGGAUAUGGGAUUGGUCAAGCAGACCAGAAAAUAUCCCUCCAAAAACUAGGGAAUUCCAGUUCAAACACCCGAAACGCACUGGGACUCUUAGUAUGAGGAAUACUGGCGUCAUGAAAAAAGGUGGUAUUUUCUCAGCUGAGUUUCUGAAAGUCUUCUUGCCUUCACUGCUCAUCUCCCACAUAUUGGCCAUUGGUUUGGGAAUCUAUAUAGGCCGGCGCAUAAGUACUCCAUCUAGUGCUGUUUAAGGAUAUUCCAUCGACAGUGCGUAUGAUUAUGUAGCCGAUCCUAUGAAGAAUUCUCUGAGAAGAGGCCAUUGACUAUGAUGUAGCUACUUGUUUAUGUUAUUACAAUACUACGUACUGUGUUCAUAGUUGAUUUGCCCCGUUCUAACUAACUGGAUAAAAGAUGUUCAAAGCCAUUGCAAAUACCAUAAAUAUCAGUUUCAUUGAUGUUGGUGAGACUUAAAUUGCAAUUCAUGACAAAAAAUGUGAAAUAAGUUACAUGAUGGUGGAAAUAUAUAAAAUCUUUAAAAUGUUUGAUGAAAAGCUAACAGCCUAGCACAUCUAAUGGUUCUCAUUCGAUGGAGCAUCCAAUUUUCAGAUGUAUCUUUAUCCAGGAGUGGAUGAGGCCGUGUCAUGAAUGCUGUUAUCCAUACCUCUGUAAUUCCACCCAGUGAAGAAUCAAUAACUCCUUAGAUAGCAAUUGUAACCAAGAAUGAAAAGGAGCACUUUGUAUGAUAAUUCUACUUUCCACCAGUGAAAAAGAGAAUGUGAACGGUCAGAUAUGUCGUAUUUAAUUGCAGCUGUGAAAGUAUUGAAAUGCAUGAAACCAAGAAAAGAUUAGGUAGGAAUGUUCUGGUUGAAUGCUGGGGUGUUGUUUUUAACUUGAUGUCUUGUAUGGGCAUUUGGAAUUUAAACGGUAAGAUCAAUUGUGAUAGAUCUUACUGUUUGGGAAGUUGUUCUGAAUUUUUAAAACCAGUUAUAUAUUAAAUAUAUCGGGUGUUGCAUAUACUUCUCCAUCUCAGUUGGAUUCUAGUAAACAUUUAUCAUUGACUGCACUUGGGGUUCUUGGUAAUGAAUUACAUUAAAUAUAAUAUCUAAGACAUCAUCUCAUCAAUAACUACAGUAUAAUAUGAAUGUUAUAAUUCAGCCUAAUGCAUUUAGAUUUAUAUAGUGUUUAGAGGUGUGUUUAAUAUGUUUGCAACAAAUUAAGCUACAGUGAAAUAUUCAGAGUUAUGAAUGAAGGGAACUCACCUGGCUGAAGGAUAAUUGAAAAUCUGAGCAGUUUUUACAUUUUUGGAUGUCAGAAUUCACUAAGUACAAUAAUGUAGAUACAAGUAGUGUAAGUAAAGGAAUCAUUAGCAAUCUAUAAAAUCAGAGCAUGUUUAACAAAGAGCUUUGUCAUGCAAAUGUCCAAGCGAGUAUAGUUCCCAGCGCUUGUAACUGGUACAUUCAUGCAAAUAUAAUGACUUGCUUAAUGUGAUGCCAUGUAUAAUGUAAUAGUAUGAAUAAAAUAUUUUAAAAAUCGCU